GCAGUGCUCGGUGAGUUCAUCGGUUGACUUUCUUGACGUAUUUAUAAUUUGCACUCGCUUCAUGAUAUCGUGUUGCGAGACCGUACGGUAUAAUAGUAAUUUUAAAGUGCGCUUCAUUCGUUUACAUUAGUUUUCGAGUGCUGUGAUUUAUACAUUACUUUUUUAUUUUUAUACAAUCAUCGGUAGUACAUAAGUGAACUGUGAAAAAACGCGUUUUACAAACACUCGGUAUAUUGUUGAUGUGAUCCUUGUUUUUGUGAUUUUAUUUGUGUGACGAUGGCAGAUAAUUCAAAAUUGACCGACGAGGAGAGGACUGAGAUCAGGGAGCAGUUUGAGCAGCUGGACACAAACAGCAGUGGUUACAUUGAUCUGAAAGAAUUGAAAGAAGCACUCGACAGCGUCGGAUACAAAAUUCCACAAUGGAAGGUCCGGUGCAUGAUCGAGGAGUACUACGACAAUGGCAACAAGCGUGGAGUCAACGGCAGCAUGAAUGGAGACGCCAAGAAGAACGCCAUCAGCCUCACCGAGUUCGAGGAGCUCUGCGCUAACCUUAAAGCACAACAGGUAUCCAGCACGUUCAAACAGGCUGUCAGUAAAAAAGAGAACCUGGAACACUUGGGCGGCAUGAGCGAAGCCUCCAGCGAUGGCACAACUCACUCGGUUCGACUGGAGGAGCAGAUGGCUUUCUCUGGUUGGAUAAACAGCAACCUGGAACAUGACCCAGACCUGAAGCACCUGCUGCCGAUAGACCAUGAGGGGAAACAGUUGUAUGAGAAGCUCAAAGACGGUCUUAUUUUAUGUAAAGUGAUAAACCACUCAUGCCCCGACACGAUAGACGAGCGUGCCAUCAACAAGAAGAAUCUGACUCUGUACACAAAGCACGAGAACCUCACGCUGGCCCUCGUCUCCUCACAGGCCAUUGGGUGCAAUAUCGUCAAUAUCGAUGCCCAUGAUUUGGCUAAAGGCAAGCCUCACUUGGUGUUGGGUCUGCUGUGGCAGAUCAUCCGUAUCGGUCUGUUCAACCAGAUCACAUUGGAACACUGCCCCGGUCUCACCGAGCUGCUCAAUGACCAGGAACGCAUCGAAGACCUGUUGGCGUUAUCACCAGAAGCGAUCCUCCUCCGAUGGGUGAACCACCAGCUACAGAGCGCCGGCGUCACCCGCCGCUGCACCAACUUCCAGCAGGACGUGGCUGACUCUGAAAUCUACUCGCAUCUGCUCAAACAGAUCGCUCCUGAUGAUUCUGGAGUUACAUUGGAUGCUUUGAGGGAAACCGACUUACUCCGUCGUGCUGAACUCAUGCUGCAACAAGCCGCGAAGCUCAGAUGUCGCGCGUUCGUGACUCCAGCAGACGUAGUCGGCGGAGUAUACAAACUGAACUUGGCGUUUGUCGCCAACUUGUUCAACCAACAUCCUGGACUACAGCGCUCUGCUGACACUGAGGAACUGCACCAACUUGACGAGACCAGGGAGGAGAAGACAUACCGUAACUGGAUGAACUCUAUGGGUGUGGCGCCGCACGUGAACUGGUUGUACUCCGACCUGACUGACGGCCUGGUCAUCUUCCAGCUCUACGACAUCAUCAAACCUGGCAUUGUUAACUGGAAGAAGGUGCACCGUCAGUUCUCGAAGCUGCGUAAGUUCAUGGAGCGGCUGGAGAACUGCAACUACGCCGUGGAGCUCGGCAGGCAGCUCGGGUUCUCACUCGUCGGCAUCGCGGGGGCUGAUAUUAACGAGGGCAAUGCUACGCUUACACUCGCCCUGAUCUGGCAGUUGAUGCGAGCGUACACGCUGUCGGUACUGACCCGGCUGGCCAACACCGGGAACCCCAUCAUUGAGAAGGAGAUCGUGCAGUGGGUCAACAACAAACUCAAUGGCGCUGGCAAAACUUCUUCUAUUAGGAGCUUCCAAGAUGAGGUGUUAGCUGACGGUAAGGUGGUGAUUGACCUGAUCGACGCCAUCAAGCCAGGCUCCAUCAACUACGACCUCGUGCUGCCCGGAGGCAAUGAGGAGGAGAACCUAGCCAACGCGAAAUACGCGAUUUCAAUGGCGCGUCGUUGUGGAGCGCGCGUGUACGCGCUACCGGAGGACAUCACGGAGAGGAAACCCAAGAUGAUCAUGACAGUGUUCGCGUGUCUUAUGGCGCUCGACUAUAUUCCUGCCAUGGACGCGCCCGUCGCCAACGCGGAGCCUUCUCAAUUUGCCCGUUCAGGCAAUGGUUUCAACCACGAAGCUACGGAUGAAGGAUCACCAUCAACAUUCCUCAGGUACGGCGUUGAGGAACAAGACUACAAUCCUGAAGACGCCGCGGAGGUAGAAAUAGUCGAGUCCGCAGAAGUAUCCGAGGAUCCAGCACCAGCGUCUGAUGAAGCUGAGGGACCUAGCCAACUGUCUGAGAAGCCGGUGCCUCCACCUAAACCUGAAAACCUGACUGCUGUGCCCAGAAGUGCCUCAGUUGUUGAUGAACAAUAAAAUGUAAGAGUAAGCACGUUAACGUAGCUUAAAGAACAAAACUUCUUGAUUAGAUUUGCAACUUUAUUUGUAAGUAGAUAAGGUUAAAUUCCUAAUUAAGAUAUUUGUGUGGUACGUUAAGCUAUCCUUUAGCUCGUUAGAUUGCAACCUAAUUUGUAAGAAGAUGCAAUUGAAUUUCUAUUAAAGAAAUGUAUGUAUUGAGGUUUUUAACUAGAACAACUUUACUUAAAGUUGUCGGUGUUUUUAUAGAAAGCUAGAAAAUAAGUUAUAUUUAA